AAGAGUGUUGUUUUCGGAGAUGGGCUGAUUCGUGCUACCUGAUUACUGUAAACUCAAAGCAAGACAAAACCGUUCAUUGCCGGUGGCGUUUAGGGAGGGAAUGUUCAGGCUGGGAGGAUGCCUUACGUGGACCGGCAGAACCGUAUCUGCGGCUUCCUGGACAUUGAGGAACAGGAGAACAGCGGCAAGUUCCUGCGCCGCUACUUCAUCCUGGACACACAGCAAGGCAGUCUGGUGUGGUACAUGGACAACCCACAGAACCUGCCUAUAGGUGCAGACUGUGUGGGCUCCCUCAAGCUAACAUAUAUCUCAAAGGUCAGUGAUGCUACCAAACAGAGACCAAAGGCAGAAUUCUGCUUUGUCAUUAAUGCAGGGAUGAGAAAGUUCUUCCUGCAGGCCAAUGAUGAACAAGACUUGGUGGACUGGGUUGACUCCCUCAACAAUGCGACCAAAAUCACAGUCCCUAAGUCCUGUGACGGGGUUCAGAAUGCAGACUGUCAGAAGGCUCUGUCUGAGAUGCAUGGCAUUAACAGGAAGCAGGUUCCCUACAAGACAGAAAUCAUAGGAGGAGUCCCCAUUAUUACUCACACACAGCAGGAAGGCAACAAUGGACAGAUUGGAGGGGAAAAAGAGGCACUGAAAAGGACACAGAGUCAGCUGCCUUAUUACCUGGGCCGAGCAGCUCAGGACCAUACCAUUAUAAAGACUGGGUACUGCGUCAAACAGGGAGCUGUGAUGAAGACCUGGAAACGAAGGUACUUUAUACUUGAGGAAAAUUCCAUGAGUUACUUCAAGUCAGAUCUGGAAAAGGAGCCUUUGCGGAUAAUUCCUUUAAAAGAGGUUCAUAAAGUUCAGGAGUGCAAACAUAGUGACAUCAUGAUGAGAGACAACCUUUUUGAAGUUGUCACAACAUCCAGAACCUUCUAUAUUCAGGCUGAUAGUCCAGAGGAGAUGCACAGUUGGAUCAAAGCUAUCUCGGGAGCAAUAGUGGCACAGAGAGGUCCUGGAAGAUCUGCUGCCUCUGAGCGUGUUGUCGGGAACUCCUCAUUUUACCGUUCCCACUCGUUCAACCACACCCCUUCCCCGCCAGGCUCUGCCGUGUCUGCCCUCCCAGAAUGCCGUGGUGCCUCGCAGUCUGGCCUGGGACAGCGAGCACUUCAUGAGCCUACUGCCGCUGCCCCGCCCACACGCUCGUCUGUCACUGCAAGACACCCACCUCUCCAAGUGACUCACGAGUCGCCAUGGAGACGCCGCAGCAGCUUUGGCUCUGCGUACCCUGCCCCUUCUUCUCCGCCGCUUGACCUUGAUGAUGCAGAACUGCCCAUCAGCGAGGUCUAACCUUUAACUUUUUAACUAUCAAACACAGAUUCCCCAAACAACCUCUUCACUAACUUUUGAAAGUCAACUCUUGUACAACACAGGACAGAUUGAGUGAAGGAUUAAGAGAUGAG